CUGAUUUACAAGGACGACUAUUGGAUCAUGUCAAAGAGAACUAAGAAUUUGAACGUGGACCCUAAUAAUACAGAAAAGAAAUGCGAACCAUGUAUAUAUUUCGAAAAGAACGUAGCUGCCACCUGCAUAUGUUUUCAAUGCAAAGAGUACAUGUGCAGUGAUUGUAGAAGUCAUCACCUGUCCCAAAAACAAAGCAAAUCUCAUCAAAUUAAAUCCUUUGAAGACAUGUUGAUGUGUGGACCUUGCCAUAAGAAUGGAAGAAAGGCUGUGGCCUCUUCAUUUUGUCAGGAUUGUGCUGAUCCAGAGGCUCUGUGUACCUCAUGUGCAGAUCAUCAUAAAGCAUCCAAGAUGACAAAAGAACACCGAAUAUCUUCUGAUAUGGAUACCUAUCUUAUUCGAUUUCAUCUACAAGAGGACCACACCAGAGAUGUUAUAUUAUCAGAUGGAGAUGUAAACCAAUCACUUUGUGAGCCAUGUGGAAGAAAAAAUGAAACGAAACAAACUACAAAUGAAUGUAAAAGAUGCAGUACUAAGUUAUGUCAGGUCUGUUAUGAACUUCACGAGUCGCUUAAAAAGUGUCCAAACGAUGGCAGUAAAGACACACAGGAGUCAUUGAAACGCAAACGUGACAAUGAAUCUGAUAAAACAGAUAUAAAGCAGGACGAGCAAGAUAAUAAAAAAUCCAAAAUAUCAGGCGAUACCACAAUUAUUACACAACAAAGUAAGCGCCACAGUGGUUUACCAUGCAAACGUUGCAGAGAUGAAGAUAAAACACAAGAAGCAACUUUUUAUUGCACUGACUGCGAAAUUCCUCUUUGCUCAGAAUGUUCUGAUAUCCACAAGACUAACAACAAGACGAAACAUCAUUCAAUAUCCAAUGAUGUAAUAAGUUGCAUACUUAUGUCAGAAAAACGCAGAAACGAAGGUGAACAGUCGAAAGCUAUAGAAGUAAUUCCGAUGGAAAUAGAAAGUGAUGCAUGUACCAUCACAAGUAAUGGCAUAUCCUUAUGUCUUUUAUUUCUUUACUAA